AUGAAAAAUCCCCCACUCAAAAUAUCAUCCGUCUCUUUUCAGUGGAGGCAAAAGCAACAGAAAAACCAGAAAACUCCAUGAAAGCUUAUCCUAUCUUCUUCUCCAUUUUGCCUGGCAUGCCUACAUGAAGAGGUAAAAGAAGAGGAUUUGGCUUGUUGGGUUUUGAAUUUCCAUGGCCAUAGUUGCAUCACUACCAGGCUUCAACCUCUUCUCUUCGCUCCCUUCAAACCCACCCCCAAACGACCCAAAUUCCAGCACCACCUCUGCUUCUCCUUCCCCACCAAUCCCAAUUCCUAAAUACCCUCCUCCCCUCAAAAAGUCCCAGAAUGCCCCUCCCAACCCGGCCCUCAAAACCGUCCACCGCCGCACCAAGUACUACAAGCCCGUACGAGACGGCGUCAUCUCCUCCGACGGCGACCGAGCCGUCGUCAUCGGCGAAAACGGCGUGUCAUAUCUCCUCCCCGGCGCACCCUUCGAGUUCCAGUACAGCUACUCCGAGACCCCAAAGGUCAAGCCUUUGGCCAUUCGUGAACCGGCCUUCUUGCCCUUCGCGCCGCCUACAAUGCCGAGACCGUGGACCGGCAAAGCUCCAUUGAAGAGCGCCAAGGAGAAGAAGCUGAAGCGCAAAGUUCCGCUCUUGGACUCGUUCGGUCCAAUGGCGCCUGGAACGAGUGGAGUGAAGGAGGUGGUAAUGGCGAGGCCCGUUGAGCUGGGCAAGUACCCAAAGCAAGAAAAGACAAGGGAGGAGAUUUUAGGAGAGCCCUUGAAGAAAUGGGAGAUCAAAAUGCUAAUCCAGCCCCAAUUAUCAGAUAAUCGCCAAGUCAAUCUCGGAAGAGAUGGGUUGACUCAUAACAUGUUGGAUUUGAUACAUUCGCAUUGGAAGCGGCGACCAGUCUGUAAAGUAAAAUGCAAAGGUGUUCCAACUGUGGAUAUGGAUAAUGUUUGCCGUCAUAUUGAGGAAAGAACUAAGGGGAAGAUCAUUCAUCGAGUUGGUGGUGUAGUUUAUCUUUUCCGUGGAAGAAACUAUAGCCAUAAAGAUCAUCCUCAGUACCCAUUGAUGCUGUGGAAACCAGCUGCUCCAGUCUACCCCAAACUUAUCCAAGAGGCUCCAGAAGGGUUGACAAAGGAUCAAGCUGAAGAGUUUCGGAAGAAAGGGAAAAGACUUUUGCCAAUAUGUAAAUUAGCCAAAAAUGGAGUAUACAUCACCUUGGUGAGAGAUGUUAGGCAUGCUUUUGAAGGAAGUCCUUUAGUAAAAAUUGACUGCAGAGGGAUGCAUGCAAGUGAUUACAAAAAAUUGGGUGCUAAGCUUAAGGAAUUGGUUCCUUGUGUUCUACUUUCUUUUGAUGAUGAACAUAUAUUGAUGUGGAGGGGUCCAAAUUGGAUAUCAAUGCACCAAGCAGCACCUUCACCUUCAGAUACUGCUGAUUUUGAUAUUCUAUCAUCAACAGGGAGGGGCAAGGAUUAUGAUAAACCUUGUAAGCCUGAUACCAAAACAGUGAUGACAAGCCCCAAAAUGAUGACACUUUGGAAACGCUCAAUUGAUUCAAACAAAGCCCUGUUGCUGGAUGAACUUGACCUUGAUCCUGAUGCGCUUUUGAAGAAAGUCGAGGAAUUUGAGGGUGUUUCACAGGCGACAGAGCACUCGUAUCCAGCAUUGAUCGUGUCAAGUGAAGAUGGCACGAGCAGCUCAGUUCAAGUGUUUGAAGAGGUUCCUCAAAGUGACCCUUACAGUGAAUAUGACGAUUACAGCGACAAUUAUGAUUAUGAGAGUGAUGAUGAUGAUGCAUUUUAUGAUAGUGAUUCCAUCCCCUUGGGGUCAUUACCUGUUGAUGUAAUAGUAGAGGAACUGGAUCAUGAUUAAUUUCAAUAAAAUCUACAAGGCAGCCUCUUCUGGUUUAUAGUGUCACCUUGUUAUUUCUUUUA